AUGAGUGGAUCCGCGGUGCUCGAAGCUCCCUCCACACCCGCGUCUCUGUCUCCUACGCGCGCCGCGCUGGCCAGCGCAUCCGAGAAGGCGGCGGCCAAGCCCGGCCAAGUGAUCGUCGGCCCGCUGCGCAUCCAAGUCUUACAAGCGAUCGACUUACCGACACCGAGACCUGUCGAAAAUGCCACACUGACUUCGGCUUCAUCAUGGCUACAUUUACCUGGUCGACGGACGUCUCAGCACCAGAAUGCACCAGGCAAAGCCCAGCACGAAGCAGUGCCCGAUAUGAUCUGUGUGCUGCUACAAGCAGCGAAAAACAAUGGAAUCUAUGCAACAGAAGCGCGACCUUGGGCCAGCGCCAUCUGCUGGGACGAAGAAUUUUACAUGGAGCAGGUGAGUUCCAGUGACGAGUUGGUGCUGUUUUGUGUGGAUCGAGCCAGGGAUGAGACCCACGCGAGUCUACCACUUGAAGGGGAUGUCAGUUCUUGCCCAGGGUUCAUCGGAAAAGUGAGUUUACCGCUUACGCGUCUACCGGAAGGGCAGGAGGUGGAGCAGUGGUAUCCCCUUGUGUCGAAGGAGUCGUCAUCUAGUCUGCGCACUGCGCUGCGGGUGUCACUUUGCUUCGUGCCUAAUGGAAUUCUGACGACUCGGUCACAGAGCCCCGAGCGACGAAGGGUAACGCCUACGUCAGUGCUGAUAUCGUCCCCAGCAACCGAGAUUUCAUUAGCUUCACCCGUGACCAAACCGUUGCCAAGUCCCGACUCGGUGAAUUCUGCUGCUAUAACGGUGAAAUCGGGUGUUAUCGACUAUGUGAUCGUGGUGGGGACAGCAGCAGGAAAUGACGUUCCGACAAGCCUAGAUGAGGCCCAAGUACGCUUCCGAUAUCCACUUACAGAUCGACUCGACUUCCCUCUGCCGACAAAAAUCGAAUGGUUUUGCUUCCCUGGUGGACCUGAAAUUGUUACUCAAGCGGAACGCCCGAAGACGAAGCUGUUUUCUUUCGUGCUUGUGGGUGGUGAUGACGGACUGUGCAGGUCUUAUGUCGUGUGUCUUGUGGUGUAUCAUCGCCGAGCAAAGAGCAAGGCUGCUGAGGUGAACGAAUGGCAUUCCACCUGCGUGGCAUUUUUAACGCGUAUCCCCGUGAUCGAAGACGUGACAACGUGCCUUUUGUCGGUGGCACACGCGUGGAUGGAAGCAAAUGAAAGAGAAGACAACGCUGCCGAAGCCACUGACAAAGAUCGCCGAGCAGCUGUCCGACAGCAACUGGUUAGCCUUUGUCACGGCAUCACGCUCCCUGUUCGCGGUGUAUUUGGCGUUCAAUUUGACAUCAACAACCUGAAAGUGCGGCUUAUGGUUCCUUCUAUGACAUCCAUCUACAUGAUGAAAGAAGCGGUGCGACCGGAGCUUCGUCGUUCGGCAUCGGCCCAGGGUCCUCAGAUAUCACCGGUGAAAGUUCGAAGCUUCAUCGCAAUCCAACAGGGAUUUCAGCCGCUUGUGUACUCUCUCGAGCCGAUAUUCCAGCUCUUUGACAUCAAGACUAUCAUUCAUCUCGUGACGUUGGUGCUUUGUGAAUACCGAAUUCUUUUACACUCAACGCAGCAGUCCUUGUUGUGUCCCGUCGCGGAAGGACUUUGUGCUCUCAUUUACCCGUUCCGGUGGCAGCAUCCAUACGUGCCAAUUCUACCUCGAGUGCUAUCGGAGUAUCUUCAAGCUCCUCUACCGUACAUCUUGGGGAUUCACACAAGCUGGCUGCAAAGCAUGCUGGAAACUGGCCGUCCUGAACACCUCGUGGUUGUCGACAUCGAUCGCGGGACUAUUCAAUUGCAAGAAUCUGGCGGACCUGUGCUGCCUCACAAGUUGGCAAAAGGUCUACACAAGCAGCUAAAGAUUAUCUUACAUCCUUCUUUGUAUGGCGAAGCUGAGACGAAUUGUCGGACCAGCAUCGAAGAGGAGCAUAAUACUGCUGUCGAUUUGGAGGAGUUAAAUCAAACAAUUGGUGAAGAACAACGUGAUGUCGUGGAGUGGGGACCUGAAACCGAAAAGCAAGUCCGAAUGGAGUUUGUAUGUUUCCUCGCUGCGCUGGUGAGGGGCUACCGUGAAUGUCUUUUCUUCGUGAACCAGAAGCUCCCAGUGUUUAACAAGCGCCGCUUCUUUGAGAGUGAUUCGACAGACAACGAGGUGGUGCCACUAGUGACUCGACUGUUUUGUACGCAGUCCUUUCAAGCGUUUCUCGAGAGCCACAGCUCGGCUGAACUCAGUGUUUUCCAUUCGGUGUACCUGACCCUUUGUCGUGGGCCGAAGGAGAUGCAGUGGUCCCAGUCUGUCAGGGCGCUCACAACGUCGAAAAUCCAGCAUUCUUUUCUGGAUACAGGUCCGGCAAGAACAGAUAUCCCCGUCCUCGAAACGACGAAAAUCCUGGGCGAGAAAAUCGAGGCGUUGCUAAAUACAGAGAGGAAUAUGAAUUGGGACCCAUUUGCACUGGAGUCAAGCGAUGUUGAUACGCUGGCAGCUACGCCAUCCCAGCCACCGGUCAAGAUGAAUCACGAACUUCUGGCGCGGAAACUUGGCGUGGAGCCUAAAUUGCUGAAGGCAAAUGCUCAUCUAUUGCAAAACCCACAUCAAGUGAAUCAGUACCGACUCCAUCUUGAUAGCACUAUCGCUGCGGCAUUGGCGGGGUCGGCUGGGCCUGGCGGUCGAUUCCUGUCGUCAGAAGACGAACGGAUCGAGCAAAUGUUGCACAAGUGCUUGACUGCGGUUUUCACAUCCGACGACACAUUGAGUGAAGAAGAAGUUCGGGCUUGCGAGACCCACUUCAAAAGCGCCCAUGCCCGUGAUCUAUUUGUCUUGAUCUUGAUGCAGCCGAGCAACCAGUACGUCGAGAGCGUGAACGGUUCUCCUAAAUCGAGCGGUACAAAGAGCUCUUCAGCUUGGUACAACCCGAAAGGAUCGGGAAGCUGUAUCGGCUCAGCUGGAUUCCAGUUACUGGCGAGGUUAACGUCGGCGUUAAUGAACCAAUGCGCGGUUCACGAGGACUACUCCACAGCACGAGGCAUCUUACAAGUAGCUACCCAGUAUUACCAGUACGUCGAAGACAAGCACAGCGGCAUCGGAUUUGCCAAGAAGGAGUAUUUGGUGACGCCAUUACGUUUGCUGCCGAUCUGUCGCUCAUUAGACUUAUGGCAGCACGCCUUCACGUGUGAGAUUGAUGCUGUCAACCAGGCAGAUCCCACCGAAUCCGACGAAGAGGCUGUGGAGACUGUGGGGGACGAACUGUUCUUUUCAGUUAUUGGGAGUCUCAUGUACGACAUGCUCAACUUCGAAGUGCCGCUCCAGAAGGUGCUGACGUUCGUGACAGUCAUGUGUUCCACCUACCAAAAGGGUCCGGACUUGUUGGACACGCUCAAGCAGCUCGCGGAGAACGUGUAUCGGGCGCUCGAUAUGUCCAAAGACAUCAAGCCUUCGCCCCCCAAGGACGCCGUCCAGCACCGAAUUAACCAUAAGCCGACAAACAACCACGUGGCUGCCCCCUCCUCCCGGACCGAGUUACCGCCGAAGCCUUCAACUAGAACAACCGGCGACACACCGUCGACACCAGGGAUGGUCUUCGCUGAAAGUCCUGUGUUAUCGCGGGAGUACGACCUCAAUACGGUGAUUCGCCGUAAGAUGUCCGUUCGAGAGAUGCCUCAGUCCAGACAAGGCAAAACCAAGCUCGGAAGCCUGAACGAUGACCCCACGGGUAACAGCAACCAGCACGCAGCCGACUGGAUGAGCAGAACGCCGCCAACGCGCAGACGAAGGUCCAGCGCCGUGUUCCCGAGCGCCGUGCUGACCAGUUCGGGCUCUCCUGUACUGAGUUUGGCGACCGAUGGUGGUCGUGCAGCCUGUGGGAUGGCCGACGCCCGUGUGAACGUCGUGGAUAUCGAUCCGUCCGAGUACGAAAAGGGCUUGAGGCUGGACGGCCACUCUGACGCUGUGGUGGCUGUGCAGAUGCGGGGUAACGCUCUGAUCUCUGGGUCGCGGGACCAUACGCUGCGUGCUUGGGAUCUACGUGCCACGCCCAAAAAGCGGCACAUGUUCGCGUUCUUCUCACUACCGUACGCUACCAGCAACACGUUGAAUUCGACCGAGGACAGCGAGGUUGAUGGAGCGUCGGUAUCGAAGCGCAGCCUGGUGAUGCGUGGCCACUUGGAUGCGAUCACGUGCAUGGAGCUUGGGCAUCAACUCGGCGCCGGUCGCUCUCUUUUGGCCGUGGCUCUUCUUAGUGGUCAUAAGGGCACUGGCAAGCCUGCGAACAAUGGUGGAGUUAGCUGUCUGCGUUUGCUGGCUAGUGACGACGACUUGGCGUUGGGGUAUCGCCGACGCACGCUGCAGAUCUGGGACCUCGCCGUUUGUAAGCUGAAAGUCAACGUGCAGGCGCAUAACGCUGGAGUACGGGACCUACAAGUGUCGGGCACUCGACUGGUGACGGCUGGGAAUGAUCGGAUCGUGAAGGUUUGGGAUACGGGAUUCCGUGGUGUCGGUGGUGCAUUGAUGCCCGUUCAAGAGUUGUGUGAACAUGGUGGCCCCGUGCAGUGCGUGAGCCUCGGAGGACCUGCAGACCCGAACAUCUGCACGGCUGCCGCUGACGGCCUCGUCCGCGUGUGGGACCUUCGGUUCGUGCAGCGAGGUCCUCGACUAACGCUUCGAGGCCACACCGGCCCAGUAACGCGGCUGCAGCGUGACUUCACGAAGCUUGUGUCUGCUGGAGAGGACGGGUGGCUCCGAGUCUGGGAUAUGCACUCUGGGGUGUGUCUACGCGAAAAGCAGGCGCACGCUUCCGGUGUCACGUGCCUUGAAAUGCACGACUCGCUCGUGUACUCUGGCUCAUGGGACGGCUCGGUGCGCGUCUGGGAUAUCGAGAACGUCAGUAGUUCAGGCCAAGCUGCUGUCUAA